ACAAGUUUAGGGAAUGUGUAACGGUAUUUUUGUUUUCACAAAUCAAAAUUCUAAUAUACUCCUGAUUUAUUCUUAAAAUUACUUUCUUUGUCCACAUUGAAUGCGAUGGAUAACAGCACAAGUCAGGAAAACUUCUGGCCACCCAAUUUCUGGAAUCAAAUAAUAAUAGCAUUUUCGGUUUCUAUGGUCAUUGGACUUGUCAUUGGAAGCAUAUUCUGGGGUGUUUUGACUUGCCUGUCUAGCCGUAGAGCCAGUGCCCACAUUUCCCAAUGGAGCACCUCAUCAUCCAACUGGCGUACCAGAGCUGCUCAUGGCUGUGUGGCCAGCAGGCCUGGAUUCUAUCGCAACAGCAGCUGUGAACGCCGAAGCAAUCUCAGCUUAGCCAGCCUCACUUUCCAAAGGCAAGCAUCUUUAGAGCACGGUAAUUCUUUCCCAAGGAAAUCAAGUUUUCGGGCCUCCACAUUUCACCCUUUUCUACAAUGCCCUCCACUUCCUGUGGAAACGGAGAGUCAAUUGAUUACCCUGGUCCCCACCAGUACCACCACCACACCUACUGGAACUUCCACCAACAGCUUCACUCAUCCAGAAUUCACUUGGUCAAAUAACAGUCUUCGUGUCUUCCAUUCAACACCAACUCCGCCUCCUGCUUAUGACUCUAUCAUAAAGGCUUUUCCAGACUCUUGACUUCAAUUCAUGAAAUUCAAUUCUAUGAUUUCUUGUGGGCUGUUGAAGAUACCUGGGAAGCUUACUAUGGCCAAAAGGAACUACAGUGCUGGGACAGGAGGGAUCUAGUGAAACCUGAGCAUUUGGUGUGGUAACGGGAUGUUCCUCAACUUUGAAGAUCUUUCUCACGAUUGCAGCAAUCUGCAGUAUUAAUGCGUUUUUAUAAUUAACUUUGCUUAUUAAGCAUUGUCUUUCAUUUAGCCAAUACAAAAUGGCUUGCAGUACAGACACAAAGCAUAAACACAAAGGUAAAUAUCCUGCUAUUAAUUAGAACGAAGUGUUGUUUUCUCCUUUAAAAUGGGAUUUUAAUUUCAAAGCCUUUUCCCUGGGAAUCUGAAUUUCCAGAAUUAAUUUUUCCUGUGACAUGUACAUUAGUUGCCAUUACAAUAUAUGAAUGCAGACUCUUUACUAAUUCUUCAGCAGAAAUAUAGAUUAGUUCAUGUAUUAAUUUUGCAUAACUGAAAGGGUUUUAUUUAUGUGUUUAGAAAUAGCCAUGUCAAACCACAGCCUGGUUAAGGCAGGGAGCAGGGGUGAAAUGCUCUGAAGUCUGCCACCGGUUCAAUUCACUACUGGUUCGUUUCACGCGUGCUUCGCGCACACCAUUGCUUGUCUGUCGCACAGCUGAUCGUGGAACUUACGGAUUGCCCAACCUGUAGCAUUUUUUUUACAUUUCAAUGAUCAGCUGUGUGACAAUCAGCUGUGCCGCAUGAUUUCUAAUCG